AUCUUAUAUAUAAUGUAUUAUUAUCAAUUCUUUAACUUUUGUCGUCAUAUCAUUUUAUAUCAAUAUGUCAAAAAGUAGGCUAUUACAAUUGUAGCUACAUACGAAAAUAAAGACUCAAAACGCAAAGCCGAAUGCAAAACAGAAAUAAAAAUAGCGUGCUAUUCCUUAGGAAACUGAGCAAUUAUAACAAUACAACCACAUGCAAGACGAAAUAUCGCACAAAUUACAGUAAAAUGUUUCAAAUACCAUGUGCUGGAGUACUGAGCCAAAGAAACAGAAAUUGUGUUACUUUCCAGAUACUUACGGACUGCACUAUAUGACUGAACUUUGUACGCUAAAAUAGUCUCCCUCAUAUAGAGUAGGACAAAUUCUCUGUGUAUUAUCGACUGCACUUUAGUUUAAUGUGAGUUGCUUGCUCUGGAACUCCUUGAGUUGAUGUUGACCAUGCAGGCGCAAUUACGCAAUUCUCCAGGCAACAAUUUUGACACUGAGGAGGGAUGCCUAAGGCAGCAGAGGCACGAGCUGUGUGCAGGCAUUAGGACUUUCUCAAGGAAGCGCUGAGGGGCAGCUUAUGCGUAAACGGGUAAGCAUAAAAACCUCUUAACAGCGCGCGUCUGUUCCCCCGAGUGAAAGCAAGAGCCGAUUUCACUGCCGGCCAUGUCUGCUCUGUAUCUAAUACUACUGCUCUUUUCUGCUUGUGUGGCAUCCCAGACCCCUGGGAAGUCUCAGAGGAGCAAGAGAGGGCUGCUGGAGCUGGCCGGGGCCAUCAAGUGCAGCACGAGGAGGUCGCCCCUGUCCUACAUGAUGUACGGCUGCUACUGCGGGCUGGGCGGGCGCGGCUGGCCCCGCGACAGGGCAGACUGGUGCUGCCACAGGCACGACUGCUGCUACGGGAAGGCGGAGUUUGCCGGCUGCCGAACCAUGACGGACAGGUACGACUGGACGUGCGAGGACCGGGUCCCAGACUGCGAUUCCCUGAAGGACAAGUGUGAACGAAUUCUUUGCAAAUGUGACAGGGAAGCAGCGAAAUGCUUGAGGAAGGCGCCGUUCAUCCGGAGGUACUCUGUCUGGCCCGACUUCCUCUGCGGCAGUGAAUACCCAACGUGCAGCUAUUACUGAUUCAAUAAAGCCACGCUUUUUGGGCCACAAA